AUGGUGUUGACCCACCUAAGAUGGAACUCCCGCCAAGGUGUCGUAACAAUUAAAAAGUUGGACGCAGUUUCAUUGGCGGAGGAGGGAUUCGUCGGACGACCACCUCCUCUAUUAGCUAGUCUACAACUGAACGUGCUGCACACAGGCCGCCUCAUGUUUCAGUACGAUAUUCGAGAUAUCGCAGUAUAUUUUUAUAAAGGAGACUACUCUUCGACAGCCCACGACCGGUUUCGUCCUUCUUGGGGCUCAUCAGCUGUAGCAUCUUUUGGGUACCUAACUUCCAUGCCAGGUUGCCCAGGCCUAGACAGGGAAAGUCGAGAGGCAGAUGUCAGGUUCGAACCACGGACCUUCCGGUCAGUAAAUUCGCGCUCUAACCAUUUGGGCCAUCUCGCCCCAAUUUGA